UUUUACAUGCGAUCUCUGAACAAACAUGUGGAGCAGCUAAGAAACUAGUUUUGGUGAAGCUGUGGUGCAUUUUAAAUCAUUUUAGGAGAGAAAUGAGAGGGGAAAGCCACUGAGCAGCGGUGGCCACCACGGUGAACAGCUGAGGUUUCGAGGCUCCACAAAGAAAAAGCAGAAACUAUUAGAGCUGUUCAUGACUUCAAUAUGUAGAGAAUAAAGUCCGCUAUCGGCUCCCUUCACUGUCAGCCCUCAGCACCUCUCCCACGGGGAGUUUUCACUGUUUUUUCGGUGAGGAGAAAACACAAGUGUCCCGGUGUUGAGACUGCACGGAGGAGCCGGGGCUGGGCUGAGUCUCCACGGUUCUCAUGGUGUGUUUAAGUACCGCCUCCUGCUCCGGGCUUUUCAACAGUCCGCUCAGUCAGUCUGAUCAUUCCUGCUUGAUUGAAAGCGAAGAGGAAAUAAUGGCAGAGGUAGCACCAGCUCCAGCCGCCGCCCCGGCAAAGGCCGCCAAGAAGAAGGUUUCCAAGCCCAAGAAGGUCGGCCCCAGCCUGAGUGAGCUCAUCGUCAAAGCCGUGGCCGCUUCCAAGGAGCGGAACGGCGUGUCAGCGGCCGCCCUCAAGAAGGCUCUGGCUGCCGGAGGCUACGAUGUGGAGAAGAACAAGGUCCGCGUCAAGACCGCCAUCAAGAACCUGGUGGCCAAGGAGACUCUGGUCCAGACCAAGGGAACCGGAGCGUCCGGCUCCUUCAAGAUGAACAAGAAGGUGGAGCCCAAGGCCAAGAAGCCCCUGGCCAAGAAACCCGCUCCUAAACCCAAGAAGACCGUCGCCAAGAAACCCGCAGCGGCCAAGAAGUCCAAGACCGCGCCAGCCAAGAAACCAGCAGCUAAAAAGUCUCCCAAGAAGCCCAAGAAACCUGUAGCCGCCAAGAAGGUCGCAAAGAGCCCCAAGAAGGCAGCCAAGAGCCCCAAGAAGGUGCUCAAGAAGGCCCCAGCACCCAAGAAAGCCCCCGCCAAGAAGGCCGCCAAGCCCAAAGUCAAGAAGGCAGCACCCAAGAAGAAGUGAGCUGUCCUCCGUCCGCUACACUAUAAUAAUACAAAAAGGCUCUUUUAAGAGCCAAACACAUCUCACAAAGAGCUGCUUCCUUAUUACUGAUAAUUAUCACUGUUUUGUAGCAUUAAUUAGUUACAAUUAAUGAGACAUCCACUACAAUAUAAUAUGAAUAACUAGAUUAGUAAAAUUACAGUUGCUACAUGAAACAAAACUCACAAUAAUUCCUGUCUUACAUUGGUGAUCCUGAAACACUACACACAUUUUAUUUUAAUUUUGUUUCAUGUGGAAACAAAAAUGUCUCAUCCUUGACCUUAGUCACUUCCUUAUGAAACUGUUGACGACUGGGUAAAACCUGGUGUUUAUACAGUUGAAACUCUCUGAUGUCGAGAAAGAAAAGUCAAAUUUUAAAUUGGAUUACAUUUCUUUUAGAUGAAUGAAAACCCCUUCUUCUCUUUCCAUACAAAAACAUACACAUGCAUAUACUAAAAGUCAUACACCUACAGUACACAUUACAAAAAAUUAGGCUAUAAUAAUUAUUCUUUAUAAUAGUGUUUUACAGGUAGAUAAAUAAUUGAAACGUUUUCAAGGGAAACUUAUGAGACUAAUAUUUUGAAUCCAAUCUCUUUGUAAAGAGGCUAAAGUUGAUAAUGGUAAUUGCAAAGUUAAGGAUUCAUUAGUUUCAAUGAACCAAACACAAUCAUAACAUCUUAGUGGGACAGUUGUGCAUCAUGAGUAAUGUAUGUAACAUUUACUUUUG